AGAACCCAUAAUGCACUGCGCAGUUGUCAUGGCGUCUUGCUGAUUGGAGACUGAAGACUGAGAACAGAUCCACAUUCAGCAGCACACCAUGAGCACUCAGUACAGCAUUUUAUUUAAGCAGGAGCAUGCCCAUGAAGAUGCCAUAUGGACGGCAGCAUGGGGAAAAAGUGAAAAGGAUGGAUCAGAAACUAUUGUCACUGGUUCUCUGGACGACACGGUGAAAGUAUGGAAAUGGUCAGAUGAAAAGUUGGAGCUUCAGUGGACUCUGGAGGGUCACCAGCUCGGUGUGGUAUCUGUAGACAUCAGCCAGAAUGGUGCUUUUGCCGCCUCCAGCUCCCUGGAUGCUCACAUCCGCCUCUGGGACUUGGAAUCAGGCAAACAGUUCAAAUCCAUGGAUGCAGGCCCAGUUGAUGCCUGGUCGGUAGCUUUCUCCCCCGACUCCAAAUACAUCGCCACAGGCAGUCAUCUUGGCAAGGUUAACAUCUUUGGCGUUGAGAGUGGAAAGAAGGAAUACUCGCUGGACACCAGGGGGAAGUUCAUUCUGAGUAUCGCCUAUAGCCCAGAUGGAAAGUACUUAGCCAGUGGUGCCAUUGAUGGAAUCAUUAAUAUUUUUGACAUUGCAACUGGAAAACUUCUGCACACGCUGGAGGGUCACGCUAUGCCUAUCCGCUCUCUCACCUUCUCUCCCGACUCUCAGCUCCUAGUCACAGCUUCAGAUGAUGGCUACAUCAAGAUUUAUGAUGUGCAACAUGCCAACCUGGCAGGCACUCUGAGUGGCCAUGCGUCUUGGGUGCUUAACGUGGCGUUUUCACCUGAUAACAAGAACUUUGUGUCCAGCUCGUCGGAUAAAAGUGUAAAAGUGUGGGAGGCGAGCACCAGAGCGUGUGUGAAUACAUUCUUUGACCAUCAGGAUCAGGUGUGGAGUGUGCAGUACAACAGCAAUGGUUCAAAGAUCAUUUCAGCCGGAGAUGACAAAGCCAUCCACAUCUAUGACUGUCCCAUGUGAAGCAACUACAGGCAUACUUUUUUAUUGCUGUCUUUAUGUGGGAAACUUCUAACAUAUAAUGUAUGUCUUGGCUGGACUGAUUGGAUGUGGUUACCUGUAGCCAACGGCUUGUAGAAAUUUCUAAAGCUCAGCUGAGUUCUUUGUACAGAAACAAACCUGAUACUAUUUGCUUUGUCCAUUUUCCUAUUACAUUCAACUGAAAGCUUACAUUGCUGCUCUUGAGAGCUAGCUCUAGGGCUUCAAGUUCUACACAUGUAUGUUAAUGUGGAAGUAGUUUUUUUUUGUUUUAUUUUCGUUUUCUAAACCAUUUGCAACUUGGCAGACAAUAAAUCUUUUCAUAAUAUUUUAGAUGGUAUGAAUCCUUAGAAAUUGUUCAUUUUAAAUGAAGAAUUAGAAGAAUAGAAGAAUUGUUCAUUUCACACGAGCUGACAUCUCGAACUCGUCGGUUCGAAUCACAGCUCUGCUCUGCUGAUUGGCGCAUUUACAGGGAGGGUGCCUGAGGGGAUUCUUGACAGAGAUGGAAGGGCAAUGGGAUCAGGCUGUGGCUGCACAAAGCUGAUCCACAUAUGAACUCGCCUAGCGAGAUUCUUAGGAACCAAAUAGGUUUAAUGGUACUGAGUGAACCCAAUGCACUUAAGCUUACCUACACCCAUGGCUUGUGUUGCUUUUUUUAAUGAUUAGGGGGAGAAAAGGAAAUUCAUCUAAUCUACCCAAGUGCAAGAUCCAUUUUGCUUUUCCUGUUUUUUGCUGCACCAAAAUUGUAAUUUAAAGGCUCAGGUAAUAAUAUUUGUUUAAAAAAAUGGUUGGAUGUACAUUUGAUUUAAAAUGAAUGAAUAAUACAGGCUUUAAGUUGUAUUUGAUGUGAACUGGACACAUCACAACAUCUGGAAAUUAACUUCUGUUCAUUUAUUAAGUAUCCACGUGAUACACAACACUCUUGAACACAUCCAUAGAAGUAAUCUGUUUAUCUACAUUACAGAGAGACAGGUUACAUUUUAUAAAGCAUAAAUUUCAGAUUUGGCCCCAAAGCACACAAUAUCACUUCACCUACAACACAAAAUCUCAGAAAUGGCAGAGACCCUGAUAACACAACCAUUCAAUAAAGUGUGAUGGACAGUAAA